CGCGUCGGUGCUCUAUUUAAAGUUGGACGGCAUUGUAGUUUGCAGGGCAGUACUGUGUCGUUACUAACUUUGUUUUGUCCUGUAUAACUGAGCCCCCGCGCUGUAGCUGAAGAUGAAGGCUCUUUUGUUGCUGGUGUUGACUGUUGGGCUAAAUAUACAGUACGGCGGUAGCGCUCUCCUGCCUCCUCCUUCUUCUUCAUGCUCCCAUCGACCAUCAAAGUGGUGCUCAUCUCUGGACUCAGCUCUCCAGUGCGGGGUUUUGAAGCAGUGCCUCGAGUCCAACUUCACCAGGUCCCGUCACACAGGAGAUCAAGUAGAGGUGGGGCUUUACUAUGAGAGUCUGUGUCCCGGCUGCAGGAUGUUCCUAACUGAGAUGCUCUUCCCCACCUGGGUCCUGCUUGAUGAAAUCAUGUCUGUUACUCUGGUGCCGUACGGGAAUGCACAGGAGAAACAGGUUGGACAGAAGUAUACUUAUGAGUGCCAGCAUGGACCACCAGAAUGUCAGGGCAACAUGAUUGAGACUUGUCUAUGGAAUUUGACUGCUGAUGCUGGCGUGAUCAUCUUCUGUAUGGAAUCCUCCAUUGAUGUCCUCAGUUCAGCCGAGAGCUGUGUGAAAAUUUACUCCACUGAUGUGACCUGGGACAAUGUCAUGAGUUGUGUGAACGGGGAUUUGGGAAACCAGCUGAUGCAUCAGAAUGCCUUGAAGACCGAAGCCCUGAAACCUCCCCACCAGUAUGUGCCCUGGAUCACCAUUAAUGGGGAGCACACAGAGGAACUGCAGGACAAGGCCAUGAAUUCUCUCUUCACUCUGGUUUGCAACAUGUACAAGGGCCCCAAGCCACCUGCCUGUGGAGAGGGCCAGAGAUACUUCAGAAGCUACUGCCACAAAGAUUGAAGGAGCAGCACUGCACAUGCUUGCUCUGUUCCAGGUGUGGCCCACUAGAUAAGGAACACUGAGGAAUAUCAUCAAUUUAUUUUUUCAAUGUUUGAUUUUACAAUCUGUUUCUAAAAAGGGAAAAAUAACUGCCUCAUUUUAUAAUUCACACAGUACAAAUACAAUUCACUUUCUUAACAAAA